UGACAGAAUUGCUGUGGUCACUCUGACAGUCGACGAAAAGUUUUCAUAUAAUAAUAGAAUAAUUUGCGAUAUUUAAGUGAUUUUGAAAAGCUGUCAUUUACUUACUUCUUGGAUACUGAACGUGCAUUUCGGUGGCUGGACUACACCGUCUGCACUACAGCGAGUCAAAUGGUUGGACAGGAUGCCGAGCUGGUCAAGUUGGCGUCCACCACUUCGCUGGAAGUUAUCUAUCGAGGACACGGGGAAGACUGCCUGGCGCUGUUAUAAACCUACAUACAUGAGUUGUCCGAACUCAGAGUGACCGACCAUUACCUGCUAAGUCCUCGAAAUAUGUUUGUAACGGUCCUAACAUAUAUUGAAAUUAAAUAAUUUAAGCAUGUUUUAGGGGUUUCAAUAUUUAUUUUAAUACAAGAAACAACCAAUUAAAACCAAAACUGAAUAUUAAUAUUUCAGGCAUAUCAAUAUGUUAUGAAAAAUUAUCAGUUUGAUGUUAAAAACUGUCAGUUUGAUAUGAAUGCUUGCUUAUGAGUUUGAUAUUGAAAAGUACCACAAUUUUGUCACAAAUUUGAUAUGCGCGCAAAAAUAUUAAUUGGCUACACAAGGGUCCAAAAUUAAUGAGGACCGCCCCAAUAUUCCUAUUAGGCUAUUAUCUUUUCUUGGUUGCUCGCGCCCUCAACAAUUGCCAUUCUCCAUAAUCCAAUUUGCGACUGUCCGCGGUCCCAGCUAAUAUACAGACGGCUGAAUGCACAUCUGCAGAUAAACCGACAUAUUUGUACAUACAUAUAGAUGUACAUAUAUACACAUUUGGCGUAUGGUUGAAUAUCAUAUUGGGCACCCCCGGUCGAAAACAGCCGGUACAAUAUUUUGGCGCCUAAUUAGGCGAGAGUAUAAGAGUGGAAAAGCUCGGAAACGCAUGCGCCGAGAGGAAGAAAGUAAAAGCUCGUCCCAAGGACAAUACGAGGCAACGAAACUCAAAGCCUCAGUAGCUUGCAGCCAGCCGCCAAGCAAAAACCCCUAAUUUGCAUGCUUUAUGCAGAUAUACAUCAGAAAUGUGAUUAAGAAAGGAAUGCGAAUUAACAGCAAAUGUGUUUUAGCCGUGGUUUUUGCUCAACAGUGUCAAAAGCGCGUCAGCAAUUCGUCGCGGGAAAUAAGCGAGCUGUGCACUAGACCACGUGGCAUUGGCAACCAAAGGAACUAUAGGAUUUUAAUUGUCAGGAAAACGAAAUCGCAGAUAAUACCGCCAUAAAAUGGGAUGGGACUGGGCAGUUGCAGGCAUAUCCGAUGACAUUCCGAGGACUACAGGGCCAGAAUGUAUCAAUUACAUGACAGACAGACGGCGUUGGAUGGAGACGAUACUGUUGUCCACCCUUUUCAUCUUUAUAAUGCACCGCUCUUGGCAACGACUGCAGCCAAUUAAACUGCCACCACUUCCCGAGAUUCAGAAGCCACACAGUCCGACGAGGCUUUUCUUCCUCAUCGCCUUGUCCAUGAUUUUCGGCAUUGAGAUGGGCUUUAAACUCUCCGGGCAGUCAAUGAUUUUCGCCCUAAACCCAUGCCACGUGCAAUCGUGUCUGCAGAUCUUUCUCCUGGCUGCCAAACCCACGAAGACGACGACAGCGCUCUUUCGGAUUCAGAUGAGCAACUUAAACGGCCCUUUUCUGGCCUUUCUUUUCCCCGAGGUUGAGGGUCGCACAUAUCCCUUCGAGCAGGCCACAUAUUGGAUCCAGCACGCACUCCUCUAUAUUAUCCCUAUUUAUAUUAUUCGGAGCGGAGCGUACACUGUGGAGGACCUCAGUGAAUUCCAUUGGUCUCACAUUGGUACAGCCUUCAUGCUAUUUUACCACUUCGUCCUUCUCUCCCCGCUCUCUAUUUUCACUGGCAUCAACCUGGACCACAUGCUCUGUGCAGCGAUGUCGGAUCCGUUCCAGGGCCCCAACUACCGUCUGUUCGCCUGUUGCCACCAGACUUUGCUGUGUCCGCUGUUGAGCAAGGGCACUGUGCUGCUGUUUGGUCGCCGGUGCAGCCUGAAGGGAUCGGGUGACUUACAGGAGGCGAGGAGCGGGGUGGGUCAGAACACGCUGACUCCGACCGAAUACGCAUCGCAUGGAGACGUGACCAUGCGGCAUCGCUUUAGCAACCAGGAGUCGGCAGACGAAGGUCAUCCGCAUAACGCGGGCGACUUGGCGUCCCUAGCGGAGUACACUAUGCCGACGACCAAGAUAGACUAGUAACCAGUAAAGGCGAUAGCACUGACAAUUGUCUACUGCGUCUAUCGUGCCCGUCAAUUCACGAACCGCGUAGGGACCUUUGGCCCACGUUUUGAACCAGCUGCGUAACCAAUCGUACUGAGACACGAAGGAUUUCUUGUGAGGAUUGUGAGCGGAAUGUGUUGAACAAAGUCGUGUAGAUAAUAACAAUUAAGGCUAAUUUUCCUGCUCAUCGAGGUUAUACUUCUAAAAAAAAACACAAAUUAUAUAUGUACUUGUUCAAAAGAAAUCGAUUCUAACUUUUAUGAAAAAUCAAAAGGUAAAGCACUGCUAGGACUAACAGUAGUGUAGAUUUCUAAAGUUGUAAGUCUAUGGCAAACAACAAAUAAAUUAAAAAUUCAAAUCUGC